AUUGUUUGAAUCUGCUUCCCUAUUGUCUCCGUUACUAUCCCAUCACUUACGCUUUGCUUGACUUUUGAACCCCCAUAUAAAAAUGGAUAUUACUACGGGAAGCGCUAGCAACGUUCUCACUGGUGUUGCCGGAUUCUUGUUCCGAAAAAUCAAAGGCUGCUUCACCUAUGUACGAAACUAUAGAGAAACGGUUUCGGAUUACGAGAAUAAAGUCGAGACGUUGAAAGGAAAAAGAGACAGAGUGCUGCUGGACAUUGAUGCUGCCGAAAAGAACGGCGACUGUAUAUACCCCGACGUCAAGAGUUGGCUGAUUAAAGCAGACAAUGUUAUCAAUUCGAAGUAUGAUGAAGUUAAGGGUCUUGAAGACGAAGCAAACAACAAGUGUUUCGUCAACUUGUGCCCUAAUUUCAAGGCUCGCUAUCAGCUUUGCAAGAAAGCUAUAGAAGAAGCCAGUGCAGUUGAUGAACUCCUGCGGCCAGGUGGAUUUGACAGAGUAUCAUAUCCUGGUGUCCCACGGCCCAUUGUGGAUUUACCUCCCAGAGAUUUUGAGGACUUUGAUUCAAGAAAGCAGUCGUUUAACUACGUCAUGGAGGCGGUGAAAGAUCCUAAUGUCAACAUUGUAGGGGUGCACGGAAUGCCUGGUGUUGGCAAGACCAUGCUUGUUAAAGAAGUUAUGAGACAAGUCAAAGAGGAUAAGGUAUUCGACUCGGUGGUUUUUGCUGUUUUGACUCAUACCCCUGACAUCCAGAAAAUCCAAGAUCAGAUUGCAGAUAUGUUGAGAUUGAAAUUUGAGGAGCAGAGUGUGAGUGGAAGAGCAAGUCGAUUGUGCCUGAGGUUGAAGAAAGAGAAGAAGAUUCUUGUUGUUUUAGAUGAUAUUUGGGAAAGAUUGGACCUGAUGGAAGUUGGCAUUCCUUUGGGAGAUGAGCAUCAGGGAUGCACCAUACUGCUGACGUCCAGAAAUCUUCGUGUUCUGUCCAAGGGUAUGGAUGCUAAAAAAAGCUUUGCUAUCGGAGUUUUAGAGGACGAAGAAGCUUGGGCUUUCUUCAAGAAGACGGCAGGGGAUGGUGUCGAAAGUCGUGAUUUGUCACCUAUAGCAACAGAGGUGGCUAAAAAAUGUGGUGGUCUACCAAUUGCCAUUAGAACACUUGCAAUGUCUUUGAGAGAUGAGCCUUUGUUUGAAUGGGUGGAUGCUUUGCGCCAACUAAACAGGCCAUCGUCAAGCAACUUCAGCGGAGUACCACGAGAUGCAUAUUCAACUAUAGAAUUGAGCUAUGAUCGUUUACCAACCGAAGAACAUAAACAGACUUUCUUGCUUUGCAGUCUAAUGGAUCAUGAUGCUUACUUGGAUGAGUUGCUCAUGUGUUCGAUUGGUUUGGGGUUAUUUCAUGGUGUCAACACAAUUGAAGAAACACGGAACAGACUCUUGACAGUGGUGAGUCAUCUCAAAGCCUCUUGUUUGUUGAUUGAUAGUUAUAAUGAUCACCACUUUGAUAUGCAUGAUCUUAUUUGUGAUGUGGCCAUGUCAAUUGCUUCUAAAGGCAACCAUGCAUUUGUUGUAAAGCACGGUGAUGUUUUAAAUGAUUGGCCAGAUGAUGAAACAAUGAAAGAGUGCAACAAAAUUAGUUUGAGGUAUGCUAGUAUCAGCAAGCUUCCUGAUAAGUUGAAAUGUUCAAAACUUACUCUUUUUUGUAUGGGUAGCAAGUAUCCUCGGGUGAAAAUACCUUCAAACUUUUUUAAGGAAAUGGAAAAUCUUAAAGUCCUAAUUUUGGCUGACAUGAGUUUCCCGUCCUUGCCUUCAUCAAUUGUCUUGCUAGCAAACCUUCGAACAUUAUGCUUGUUUUGUUGUGUGUUGGGAGAUAUUUCCUUGGUCGGGGAACUCAAGAAUCUGGAAAUUCUUUGCCUUUUUGGUUCUGAUGUUAAAACGUUGCCUGAAGAAAUAGGGCAACUGACUAAGCUAAAGUGGUUAGAUUUACGUGAUUGUCCCAAACUCAAAAGAAUCCCACUUGGUGUCUUCUGCAAAUUGUCUAGAUUAGAAGAACUGUAUAUGCGCAACAGUUUUGUUGAAUGGGGAGCAGAGGGACACUCUAGUCAACAAAGCAAUUCUAGCCUUGCCGAGUUAGUAGCUUUGUCCUGUUUAACAGCUUUAGAAAUUCACAUCCCUAAUGCAAACAUUAUUCCCAAAGAUUUAUUCUUUGAAAAGUUGCAAAGAUACAUUAUUUUCGUGGCAGAAGAUAGUGAUUGGGAUUGGGUUUGGGAUUGCAACUUUGCUUGUGAAUACUCCAGAACAGUAAGACUCAACCUACAGACACGCAUUAGCUUUCUUAAUAAUGGAAUCAAAGCUUUAAUGAGGAAAGCUGAGAAUUUAUAUAUAGAUGAAGUGGAAGGUGUGGAGAUGUUGUCACAUGAUGAGUAUAGGGAUUAUUUUCAACAGUUGAAGAAUUUGCAUAUCGAAAAUGGUGCGAUGGUCCGAUAUAUCCUUAAAGAUAAUGAUGAUGUUCACAGAAUUGAAUUUGUUCAUCUCAAGUCUUUGACACUUAAGGGUCUGCCUAACCUCAUUAGUUUUUGCUCCGGAAACAAAGGUUGGACUUCCAUAUCUCCACAGCCACAGGAAACGACCCUUUUCAACCAAAAGACGUUGUUCCCAAAGUUGGAGAAGUUGAAAUUAUCCUCAAUUAGCAUGGAAAGAAUAUGGAUUCCCCAAUCGUUUUGUUCAGCUCAAAAUUUGACGAGCUUGAUCAUUGAGGGCUGCGCCAACUUAAAGCACGUGCUAUCCGACUCUAUGGCUGAAUAUCUGCAGCAGCUUAAAUCCUUGGAAAUAAGUAGAUGUAAGCGCAUACGGGAGAUAAUAUCAAUGAAAGAAGCAUCUCGAAACAGAGCUCUCCUAAUAUGUUUCUCUCGAUUGAAGUCCCUCAAAUUGAAGGGUCUUGAGAAGCUCAUCGGAUUUUGCCAUGAAGAUUAUACUGUUGAAUUCCCAGCCUUGAAGAUUAUUGAGAUAGAAAACUGUCCGGAAUUGAAGGGAUUCAUCCAUAAGUCCAUGAGCAGAGAUUUCCCAACUGAUUUUGUUUUGUUCAAUAAAACGGUUGCUUUUCCCAACCUGCGAAAAAUCAAAAUUUCUCAUUUAAGAAAUGUGAAGAGGAUAUGGUGUAACCAACUUCAUGCAGGUUCAUUUUCAAAUUUGAAAGAGUUGAAAGUUGAGUACUGCGAUGCGUUGUUGAAUAUUUUCCCAUUUCUUAUAUGGAAAGUAUUUCAAAAACUGGAAAUACUAACAAUAACUGAUUGUGCUUCAUUAAAAGAAGUGUUCCAACUCCAAGUCCCUGGUUCAGAUAUUGAAGAAACAAAUGUGGUAAGCAGUCAAUUAAGAGAAGUUAAUCUCUUCCGAUUGCCAAAGUUGAGGCAUGUCUGGAACAAGGAUCUCAGUGGAAUUCUUUCUUUUGAAAAUCUACGAAAAGUAUAUGUUUGGAAGUGUUGGAGUUUAAAAACUCUAUUUUCGUUUUCAAUAGCCAAGCGUCUUCUACAACUUGAAAGCCUUAUUGUUGAUAAUUGUGGGGUGGAAGAGAUUGUUUCAGAGAUUGAUGGAGGAGUAGAACAUGAAAUUCGGUUUGAAUUUAAUCAGUUAUCUUACCUUAAACUUUGGAAACUACCAAACCUCGUAUGUUUCUACCCAGGAAUGCAUAAAACAGUAUGGCCUGCAUUAAAGAAGUUGAGCACGUAUUGGUGUGGGAAGAUUAAGAUAUUUGGGCAUGUAGAGUCCCAACUCCCAAGACCACUGUUCAUCAUUGAACAGAUCAUCCCUCAACUGGAAGAAGUUUCAUUUACUAAUGACCACAUUGCAAUGAUAAGUGAUGGUCAGUUUGCGAUAGACUCAUUUUUUGAUAUAAAGUGUCUUCGAGUUACUGACUACCUCGAUGAAUCAGCAGUUUUUCCGUUUCAUUUCCUCCAAAGAUUUUCCAAUUUGGAAAUGCUUGAGAUGGUUUCUUUUGAUUAUGAAGAGUUUUCUCCUUGCGAAGGUGAUGGUGCUGGUCAGGAAAGAGACGUGAUAAUGCUGCUGCCAAGAAUUAAAGAGUUAAAAUUGCAAUAUUUUGACAAUAUAACGCAUCUAUGGAAGCAAGGCUCUCCCCUUGACCACAUUUGUGUAAAUCUUGAAACUCUUCAAGUUUAUGAAUGUGGCAGCUUAAGUAAUUUAUCAUCUGCUUCGUCGUCUUUUCAAAAUCUUACAACCUUGGAUGUUUGGGAUUGCAAAGAGAUGGUAGAGCUGAUUACAUCUUCGAAAGCCCAAAGUUUAGAGCGGCUCGUUACACUAAAGAUAACAGAAUGUGAGUCAAUGAGAGAAGUGAUUGCAAGCAAUGGAGAUGAAACAUGUGGUGAGGUUGUUCUCAGGGAGUUGAAAUGCUUGGAGCUUCACUGUUUACAAAACCUCAAAAGUUUCUGUUCUGGAAAUUAUACUUUGAGGUUCCCAUCACUGGAUCAAGUAACAGUGAGUCAAUGUUCCUCACUGAAGAACUUUUUCCGUGGAGCUUUAGGCACACCAAAGCUACGUGGGGUUCAACAUACAGGAAGAGGUUUUAGUAGGAGAGUUUGGGCUGGUGACCUUAAUGCCACCAUUGAACAGUUACACACACAAGAAACAGAUUUUAGGGCACGGUGGGCUGGGGACCAGAAUGCCACUUUGGAGCAGUUAUACAAAAAACCGGUCGAAUAUCGUGGCCUGAAGGCUUUGAAGUUCUCAGAAUUUCCGGAGCUAAUAGACAUAUGGAGCAGAAAUGCGCAAGAAAUGUUGGAUUUAAGAAAUCUUAGAUUUCUGGAGGUCUGUGAUUCCAACAACUUGAGAUGCAUUUUUGACCUCUCUAUGACCUUGAGCUUUAGACGACUCCAACAAAUAGAAAUCAAGAGAUGCCGUAAUAUGGAACAAGUCGUUAAAGACGAGGGUUCGAUUUCAGUGGUUGAGGAAGCGGCAAUAACAGAUGGUAAUAAAAUCAUUAGCAUAUUCCCUCGUUUACAGUCCAUUCGUAUGGAGGCAUGUUCGCACAUGAAUAGCUUUUACCUGGGAAGUGCAACUCUUGAAUGUCCAUCCUUGAAAGAAAUUACGGUAGCCGACUGUCCAAACAUGGCUACCUUUGCGUCUACAUUUUCCAAAAAUAGGUGUGAAGAAGCAAUAAUUGGUGAUGAAGCUGAUAAUGUUGCUACAUUUUUCUCUGACAAGGUUGCUUUCCCAAACCUGGAGAAAAUUUCUGUUUCUCAUUUGAGAAAUGUGAAGAGGAUAUGGUAUAAUCAACUUCAUCCCGAUUCUUUUCCAAAGCUAAAAGAGUUGACAGUUGAGUGCUGCGACGCGUUGUCGAACAUUUUUCCAUUUCUUGUGCCGCAAGUAUUUCAAAGGUUGGAAAUACUAACAAUAACUGAUUGUGCUUCACUAGAAGAAGUGUUCCAACUCCAAGUCCAUGGUUCAAAUAUUGAAGAAACAAAUGUGGUUGGCAGUCAAUUAAGAGAAGUGAAUCUCAUUUGCUUGCCAAAGUUGAAGCAUGUCUGGAACAAAGAUCCCAACGGAAGUAUUUCUUUUGGAAAUCUACGAAAAGCAUUUGUUUGGGAGUGUUGGAGUUUGAAAACUCUGUUUCCUUUUUCAGUAGCCAAAGAUCUUCGGCUACUUGAAAGUCUACGGGUUGAUAGCUGUGGGGUGGAGGAGAUUGUUUCAAAGAAGGCUGAAGGAGAAGAACGCGAAAUCUGGUUUCAAUUUAAUCAAUUAUCCUUUAUUGGGCUUUGGAAUCUGCCAAACCUCGUAUGUUUCUAUCCAGGAACGCAUAGAAUAGUAUGGCCUGUGUUAAAAAAGUUGAGUACGUAUUGCUGUGGAAAGAUGGAGAUAUUUGAGCAUGUAGAGUCCCAACCCCAAACACCAUUGUUCUCCGAUGAAAAGGGAAAAUCCAUUCAACCACCGGUGGCUUUCGAAAUGGCGAGCAAUGAUCUUCAAGAGGAAUACCAAGUUCACAAUUAUACAAGAAGACCUAUCCUCCCCUUGGGGCCGAAAGUUGUGCGUUGGUGCGCUCCAAGUAUUCCGCUGUUGAAGUUCAACGUGGAUGGUGCAUUCCGGAUCGAGGAUCGUUGUGGGGCUGUUGGCUUUGUUGUUCGUGAUGAUGAUGGUUUCGUGUUGGGUGGGGGAGCACAUUUCGUUCGAGAAGCCCACUCGGCCGAGUUUGUUGAAGCACAAGCCGUGAUCCAUGCCUUACAGUUUGCUAGUUCGAAAGGGUUCACGAAAAUCAUUAUAGAAUGUGAUGCACUCGCGGUGGUUAACAGAUUGAAAAGCAAAUUACCAGAGUUCUCCAUGCUGGGCUUAGUUCUUGAAGAGGCGAAACAGUUGAUGAAUUCCUUUGAGGAUGUGGGAGUUUGCUACGUUCAUAGGUUGGGCAAUAGAGUUGCCCAUGCUUUAGCUUCUUUCGGCUUCGACUGUAAUGAACCGUUCACUUUCGGUUACAACUGUCCAGAUUUUAUCCGUGAACUUUUAAGGGACGACGUCACUGAUUUUGAUUAUUAAAUAAAAGUUAUCAUAUGUUUUCCAAAAGU